AUGCCAAGUCCAUUUAUUCAUAUUGGUUAUGCAUUAGGAUUUGGAACAUUAAUCAUGUUAUCGACAAAAGGAUCUUUCACUGCCAUGCAUUGUCUUAUAUUAGCUUUGAAUGGAUUUGUUGGACCUGAUAUCGGAUCAUUUAUUGGUUGGUGUUUUGAAAUAACGUUUCCUAUCCUAGCUGAUAAAGCAAUGUCCUGGAUUCAUCAUAGUAUUGGAUAUAUUCUAAUAAUGGCACCUUUAAUAUCUUUUUUAUCUUCGCGAUUAUCAAGAAAAAUAGUAAAUUGGAAGUAUACAAAAUCCUUAAGUACUGAACUCAGUAAUGUUAAUAUAGAACAAACCAGUAAAAAUAUAGUGUCAUUAAAUAUGAAAGAAUGUUAUUUAUUAGCAAUUGCUGGAUGUUUAUUACAUUUUCAAUUGGAUCAUAUAUUUGAAGAAGAUGGUCAAGAUAAAUUUUAUAGAUGGAUUUUAUCAACUGGUUAUUUUAAAAAGCCAAUGCUUCCUUUAUCAUCUUUAUCAGUAAUUUUUGUUGGUUUAUCUACUUUUGCAUUAUUUUUUGGUUUUGCUUGGAUUCAUGUAUUCUCUUCUUCUCUUUCGAAACAGUCGUUAAAAACGAGACUUAAAAAUACUUUAGCUUUAUUUGUAUUAGUUUUUAGUCUGUAUUUCAUCUUUUUGAUAAUUUCAAUAAUUAUUCUUAAAAAGAAAGCUGUUGUUGGAGAAGAGGCUGAUUUAGGCGUAUUAGUAUUUAUAAUUGAUUUUCAUUUUUUACCAUUUAUUUUGUGUUUGCUUUCUAUACAUAACUAA